UGAUAACGAAUCCGAUAUCGUUUCACCGUGUAUAAAAGGGACCGAGGCUAAAAGGCAAAUCAGUUCAUUUUGACAAUCGAACCGAAAUGAAGUACUUCGUCGCCCUCACUGUGCUUUUAUGCGCAUCCGGAGCAUAUGGCUUGUUUGGAAAACUCUUUAAAGGAUGGGGUAUUGAUGUUGGUGGCUCAUUGGGAGUCGGUGGAACCGGUGUUGGAACAGGAUUGUCACUUGGUAGCCCCGACACAUCUGAACAAGGAACUGAUUAUUCUAAAGGAACCGGCGCUGGAGCUGGUGUAACUUUGAGCUUGGGUCCGUUUGGAAGUAUUAGAUUAGGCUUCGGUCUUGGUAGUGGCGAGAAAGGGGCCGAGGAAAAAGUCGAUGUUCCAAAACAGGGUAUUUGGAGCUGGCUUCCCAGACAAGGCUAUGACAAUGCACCAGGAUUUGUUGCUGCAGUACAAGGAUUCGUGUCGAAAUUCCCACAAUUUACAGUCCUUGAAGCUGAAGAGAAUCCUGCGGUAUACGCUAACGUCUUCAAUUCGAUCAGAAGUGACCCUAACGUUGUGAAUGACAUCCUGUCCUACAUAGCCACAUUAGGUGAUGAGGCAAAACAAUCCGUACUUUUCGUUUUGAAUACCGUCAUAAGCUCGGUUCCGGGCGCUGACAUCGACAUGAGCACUUUCCCAACUGCUGAUAGCGAGAUGAAGGAACAAUUCACCACGCUGCUUGAUAGCCUAGCCCCAAUUGCCAAGACAAAUCUUCGCUUCGCACUUUCCACCCUCACCCCUCAACAACAACAAAAUGCUCUCUCACUCCUAGUAAGAGCAUAUGGAAGCUCUAUUGGUGCACCAGGAGUACAACUCAACAUUAGCUCAUCGUCCAUUCAAAACCUUCUUAAAGUCGCGAGCAGUAUGUAGGCGUUACAUCCCAAUGAAAUAAAGAUGAAAUUAUAUGACAAUCGCUGCUUGAGUAAAUAUUGUAACAUCUGUUAACAAUAAAUAAUCUUAUGCACCACUAUUCGAUAGUUCA